GCAGAGACUUGGUACGGUCCAAUUAGUGUUUGCUUGUUCUCCUCUUGGCAACUGAUUUUGUAUGUGGCAAGACGAUACCAUUCUUGCUUUUUCCUCGGUGACCAGCUUCCAUUUUGUGACCGCAAUUCAACAGGUGGCCUGUAACGAGACUAACCAACAGCAAAGAUGAUGUCCUACACCAGCAUUCAUUCAGUCAAGCAGCGCUAUCAGGGUUUAUUGCAGUGGCCAUAGCAACAGCAGUGAAGUGGAGAGGAAGGUUUCCAUCGGAGCGGCUCUGGAUUUCGUGAGAGAAUUCCUUGGUUUCUGGACGAAGAGGAAAAGGGUUGGAAGCGGAAGAAAAGGAGUGGUGGACGAGGAGUGCCGGGGUGGUGACCGAGAGGAGGAUCCGGGAGUGACCCACACUGUCCAUCAGUUACCGUUGAUGAUGGGAUCCAACUCUACUGCAGAGGAACCCAGGAAAUUAUAGAAUCCUGUCGAAUCCAUGAAACAAGUGUCCUAUUUGCUGACAUUGAUCAGGUGCGCGUUUACCCGCCUUUGAGGAGCUCUGACAUGGAUGCCAGGUGUGCUUAUGCUCAGCUCGGCGUGGGUGUACGCCGGACGCCGCGUCAGGGCUGAAGCCCCGACACUCUCCCUCCCAUGAGCCCGUGUGCCCGGCCGGACACGCACACCCGGCGCCGCCACGCCACGCACUCACGCACACCCGGCGCCCACCCACUCACCCGGCGACCCCCGCCACGCCAGUACAGCGGAGCCCGGUCGGAGCCCGAAGGAUGUCGACGGAGACGGAGCUCCAGCCGGCGGUACGGCCCGGCAGCCUCAGGCGGGACUCUAGGAGGAAAGGGCAGGAUCGCAGCGAAGCGACUCUCAUCAGGCGCUUUAAGGGCGACGGCGUCCGCUACAAGGCUAAGCUCAUCGGCCUGGACGAGGUCACAGCGGCCCGCGGAGACAAACUCUGUCAGGAUUCCAUGAUGAAGCUCAAGGGUAUCGCCGCAGCGGCGCGAUCCAAAGGGGAACACAAGCAGAAAGUGUUCCUGACUGUUUCCUUCGGAGGGAUCAAGAUCUUUGAUGAGAAGUCGGGGGUGCUGCAGCACAACCACGCCGUCCAUGAGAUCUCCUACAUCGCCAAGGACAUCACCGACCACAGAGCGUUCGGCUACAUCUGCGGCAAGGAAGGCAACCAUCGCUUUGUGGCCAUCAAGACCGCGCAGUCGGCUGAACCAGUGAUCCUGGACCUGCGGGACUUGUUCCAGCUCAUCUAUGAGAUCAAGCAGCGUGAGGAGAUGGAGAAGAAGGCCCAGAAGGACAAACAGUGUGAGCAGGCCGUCUACCAGACGAUACUGGAGGAAGAUCUGGAGGACCCGGUCUACCAGAACGGACAUCAAAGCACCCACCACCACCACCACCAACAUCAUCAUCAUCAUCAUCUUCAUAAUCAUCCGCAAACCCCCCAGGCGGGACUAAGUGAGCAUCGGGAGCAGCAUCAGCAGGCGGAUCUCAUAGACUUAGACCUUGAGACGGUUUCUCAGAAUAUCAACCAAUUAGAGCUUUUCGGGGACAUGUCCACACCCCCUGACAUCACCUCGCCGUCGACCCCUGCCUCACCUGCAAACUCCCUGGACCCGUCGCAGCCUCCCGCUGAGCUCUAUGCCCCCUACAACCCUGCGUCUGUGCCCUCAGGUUAUGUGACAAUGGGGGCGGUUCCCUCCGGACAUUGGUCCCAGCAGGCCUUCACCGCCCAGACGCCGCUGGCCUUCGGGGUCCAGUCCCCUCUGGGCCCAGUGGCGCAGGUUCUGCCUGGCGGCCAGCCUCUCAUCUGGGGGCAAGCCAACAUCUUCCCCGCCACCCAGCAGCAGUGGGCGGCCAUGGCGGCCGGAGCCUUCCCCCCCGCAGCCUACCUCCCUGCCCAGCCCGUGGGCACGCUGCCCGCAGCCAUGUUCCAAGCGCUCACCCCCGUCCCCGCCGCGACGCCGGCCGGCGAAACGCAUUCAGGUGCAGCAGGCGCUGCGGCUCCCUCCGCAUCGUCGAGUCCGCAACAUGAGGAGCGGGCGAAGAAGAUGAGCAAAGAGAUGUUCAAGGACUUUCAGCUGGUGAAGCCGCCGGCGAUGCCGUCAAAGAAAGGCGAGCAGCAGCCCGGCUUAGCGGGCACCUCAGAGGCAUUCAGCACUUACUUCAGCCGCGUCGGCACCGCCCAGGAUACAGACGACUGCGACGACUUCGACAUCUCCCAGAUGAACCUGACGCCGGUCACCUCCACGACACCUUCCACCAACUCCCCCCCCACACCGGCCCCCCACCAGAGCUCGCCCUCUAAAUCGUCCGCCUCGCAUGUCAGCGACCCCCCUACGGACGCCACCGACCCGCCCACGGAUGACUCGUUUGGGGAAGCGGACGGCAGCCCGAGCCGCAGCGGGGAGGAAGAUGCUAAGAAGAAGGACCCACUGUACGCCCGCAUCAACAAAGGGAAGAAAUAGAGACACACGGGAACAGCAAGGCAGCCGGGACCAGCACUGAGAAAACUGAAGGAGGGAGAGAGCCCCCCCCCCCCACCACCACCACAACCCCCAAAACCCCACAGUUGUGUGCGUGUGUGUGUGUGUGUGUGUGUGUGUGUGAUCAUCCUGGCUCCUCUUUGCUCACUGACUCCAGGCAGGCCAGGUAUCCACACGUCUAGACUUUUCCCACCCUCGCUUAUUGCUCUCCUCGCUCCUUCCUUGGCUUCCUCUGCCAUCUUUGCCGUCUGCGUAGACUGUCGCAGAGGCCCGUCGUUGGUUUGACUCGGGUGCAGAAACAAACUCUGGGAGCUCCUCACUCGCCAAACACACGCAAACACACACACACACACACACACACACACACACACGCACGCACACAGACACACACAUCAAUACAGUUGGCCCAACCCUCCCGGCAGACUGAUUUAAAAGGACCAGAACAAUGUGGAAGGGCCACAGAGUUCAUUCUCUAUAGCUUUUUGUACAAUACUAAUGACAGGAGAUUAAACAAUGAAGAAAAGAGUCAAUUGAAGAGAAAUAUAACAUGACAUUUUCUUUUCUUUCUUUCUUUUUUUUUUUUAAAUUCAAAAUUGAGCCGCAAUGUGGGGUUCAGCUCUGUAGGGAGUUCUGUCGAGUGGCUUUAAAGGCAUCUGGAUCAUGGGGUUUGCCAUUUUGUAAAGAAACAUGACUCACCGUCUCCACCGUGUCACAUCUCUGUGCCAUCAAAUAGGGAGGCUUGCAGUUAUGCAAAUGUUUGAACCCAAGCAAUAGCCACAUGCGUUUCCCCGGGUGUAGUCCAAUGCUUGGCCACCCUUUUCUUUUUACAGCUCCGUCUUGCUCAUCUCACCGCCUAUGGAAGCCAAAAUGAAUCUAAAUUAAAUAAAGUGGUUGAAAUCCAUAACAUUUUGAUAAAUAACAGACACAUAUAAUAUGGCCAUUAAAUUGUAUUAUCAGGUAAUAUGAAUGUUCUCCCCGUGCCUGCGUGUGUUUCCUCCGGGUACUCCGUUUUCCUCCCACAUUCCAAAAACAUGCACGAUAGGUUAAUUGAACACACUAAAUUGUACCCAGGUGUGAGUGUGCACGUAAACAGUUGUUCAUCUGUGUGUUCCCUGCAAUGAAUGAUGCAAGAUUCGCUGGACAUGUCACUCAUAAUAGGACACAUGAAAAAGUCAAGGACUCAAACCUGAAACUGAAGAGGAAGUCGGCUAUUUUCUUUCAAGGCGGCCAAUCCGCACUUGGAUAACACACCAUAGAAACUGGAGAACAAAGUCAAAUCAGCCCCCAAACGGAAGCGGCUAUCCUGGACAGAUGGACGACGCGAAAAUUGUCAAGCUUUAUAGCGUAAGCCAUUAAAUGUGUCUUUGAUACCUCGCCACAGAAAAAGCCCGUGCAAGGCACCCGUUCAUCACUGCUUGUGUGUGAUUGGUUUUUAUAUUUACUUCCAUGAUUUAAUGUGAGGAAACAUUCAUUGGAAACCAAUCCUAGAUUAGUCGGCGUCCAUCUUUCGAGGUUGCACUGUGUUCUACUUGCCCAUGUGACUGCCUUCAUCCAGCGACUCCCUGAUUCAUGGCCACAGUCUUUUUCAAGUCACUUGUUCGGGACCCUGAUGUCGAUGAUGAUGAUGAUGAUGAUGAUGAUGUUCUAGAGAUGACUUACAUAAGAAAAGGGAACGGGAACAUUGCUAGAUUUUACCUCAGCUAACAGUUUCUUAAUGUAAAUUGACAUUAUUUUUAUCUUUACGAAUAAUUGACAUUCUGCAGUCGCCGUUUUCAAUCAUUUUUUUAUUUUCUCUCUCCUUUAUUCUUUUUUUUAGGUUUGUAUUUGCUCUUAAUUUCCAUAUAUCAACCAUGUAUUACUGUUCCAAAUAAACACAUCUCAAUUA